ACGGGGAUCUUGACCUUUCAAUCUAAUCGCGGGCGCACCCCAAACAAAUAACUAUAUAGUCGGGUGGCCGAGCGAUCGGCAGAUCAGUUUGCUGCACAAGAUGACAUCGGUUACGUUCGUACUCUGCCUGAUCGUGCUGGGCGCCCACUCGCUGCUCGUUUUCGGCGCUGACUGCGUGAUCGGCGAGCAGAAGCUGAAGAUCGGAGAGACUUAUGCCCCGGCCGGACGCUGCUUGCAGUACACUUGCCAGGGAAAACAGUCCCUCUCGGCCCUGACCUGCCCCUCGGUGGCCACCUUGAAGCCCUGCAAGAUGGAGGAGGACCUGAGCAAGCCCUAUCCCGGCUGCUGUCCCAGGUUCAACUGCUAGAAACUCCGCCGAGCACGCCGCACAACCGAUCUGCAAGUGGAAAGAAUGAUUAAACAGCGCAAAAAUACCAAUUAUAAAUCUAGAAACAAAGCUUAAAACUGGAAUAUACAAGAGACCUUUACAAAAACCAAAA